UGGGCUCAGAUGAUGGGGAUUAGGGAGCAGGGCUAGUGAGGAGGGUAAGAAAUUCUUUACUUGCUUGACUGCCUGAUUGACUUCAGAUUCGCUCUGCAGUAGUUCAUACAGACAGCAUGGGAACCGGAGAGUACAUGUGCAUCACUUUAGAAGGUGGGGCGCCCUGGUUCUCCCUGGAAGAAGGACAGGGUGGAGCUCCUUUGAUGGUUUCCAAGGUAGAAGAAGGCAGUCGCGCUUUCAAGGCCGGAUUAAAGGAAGGAGACGAGGUGGUGUCGCUGAACAAAGAGCCGUGUGCGAGGGUCACCCUUUUACAAGCCCACUCCCUCAUGGACACGUGUAGUAACUGCCUGCAGUUACUUAUCAAAAGGUCUGUGACAAGUGAAGCUUUAACAAGCUGCCCCAUAAAGUACAGUAGAAACAAUCCAAGGGAGAUCCACAUAGCCGAAUCCCAGGAUGAAUCGUCUGAUGGCGACCAAGGAAUCGGGGGCGUCCCUGUAGAUGUGGACUGUACCUUUCUUGGAGGUGCCCGUGGCAUCGUAGGAGAUUGCUCCACCAGAGGGCCCACCAUCACCACCACAAAGGAGGCGCCAGCCGCCAUUCGAAAGCCACUGAGCCACCAUGGAGUCGUCCAAGGGACGAUAUCAUCAGCAUCAGCAGGGAGGAGCCUGGGAAGCUCCCAGAGCAGAGCAGAGGACGGGGGAGGUCCUUGUGAGGGUCCUGGGUCUUUUGGAGUUGCUUUCGAACUCCCUUCAGAUGAAGGGACACCCGCAGAGGAAGAGGAGGAGGAUUCUGACCAGGGGAAACCCAACAAGCACCGGGCAAAGCACGCCAGGCUCAGGCGUAGCGAAAGUCUCUCAGAGAAGCAAGUGAAGGAAGCCAAGUCCAAAUGUAAGCGGAUCGCCCUCCUUCUCACUGCCGCGCCACUCAACCCCAACAACAAGGGGCUGUUGAUGUUCAGGAAGCACCGGCAACGAGCCAAGAAGUACACCCUUGUGAGCUACGGCACCGGCGAAGACGAGCAGGACUACAGCACAGAAGAAGACGAUAUUGAAGUGGAAAGCCGUCAAAGUGGAAUACAUGUUUUGGAGUUCACACUCGCAGCACAGGACCGCACCAAUUUAGAGAAGCAUUUCCGGAAAGGUGGAAAAGGUGUACUAACCAUCAGCCUCCAGGAUAAAGAUCUCCUUGGGCAGAAGAAGAUGACGGACUGUCUACCGGACACCAAGGGAAAAGGCGCUCUCAUGUUCGCCCAGCGGCGCCAGAGGAUGGACGAGAUAGCUGCAGAGCAUGAAGAGCUCCGGCGCCAGGGAACUCAAGUAGAAGGAGCGCAGGAAAAGCAGAAAGUGGCAGAGCCGUCCUAUAUACAGUCCGCCACGGAGGACCACGCAUAUAUGGACGUGAAUUUACACCAGCGGCAGCAGUAUCAGCAGUACCAAGAGCAGCAGUACUACGAGCAACAACAGCAGUAUCAGCAGCAGUAUCAGCAGUGUCAGCAACAAAUGCAUCAUCAGGAGUUUUCUCAGAAUGGCUCAGUGCAACACCAAAACAGUGAGAUUCAGAGUUCUUUUAGCAAUCGUACCGCAAAGCCGUUUUCAGUACAAAACAUGGCCGCCACUCCUUACUCUGCCACCAUGAGUGGUGCUGAUCAAGAGUCGAUGGGUUAUGGAGAGCACAUUUCCUCCCGCGAUGAGCGCAUUUCCACGCCAGCCAUCAGGACCGGCCUUCUGGAUUCCAAGAGAAGGAAUGCCGGCCAGCCGAUGUUCACUUUUAAGGAGGCGCCAAAGGUAUCACCCAAUCCCGAGUUGCUAAACCUUCUUAACAUGAGAAGGGAUAAGAAGACAGGGAUUGAAUUGGGAGCUGAGGAGGACUUCCUGAGCCUGGGCGCAGAGGCUUGUAAUUUCCUGCAGUCUGCAAGACUCAAAUACAAGUCUCCUCCACCUGUGGCCCCCAAGCCCAUGGUUAACCCUAGCACCGCUCCACAGAUUGACAGCCAGGACAUGCCUCAGCAGCAUGCUGAAAAUAGUGCAUACCCACCUGCUGCAGCCCCCACCGUAGAGACCACCCCAUCUACAGACCAAGAGCCAAACUCUGUUGCCCAUGAGCCCUCUCUCCCUCAAACUGCAGAGGAUCAACAAACAUGGCCUCCCUCAGUGCCAGAAACACAACAAAUGACACAAGUGCAAGAGAGGAAUGCUCAAGCCAGUUCCUCACCACAGCCUGAGCCAGGAAGAAUGUGGGAUUUAGCUCCAAUACACACAGCUGCCCAACAAUCCACAGUUGGAUUCCAGGUACAGCAGCCACAGGAUCUACCUCCAAGUCAAUCCCCUUCUCAACCACAGUGGGUGACACAUCAGACUACUCCGAGCAAUGUCCAGGCUCAGCCGCCAGCAGCCAAUACUUGGCAGACAUUUUGGACCCAACCAGAGCAAGCACAGCCACCUCCCCAACCAUCUUGGAGUCCGCCUCAAAAAACACCACAAACAACCCGGACACAAGAUCCACAAGUGCAACCCACCUGGGGACAACCACAAAAUCUGAUGCAGCAGCAACAGCAGUCUUCCUGGGAACAGCCUCCGCAAGUACAGUCUCAAUUGGCAUGGACGCAGAAUAAAGCCCAAGUUCAGCCGUCUUGGGUUCAGCCAGAACCAUCGUGGGGUCAACCUGCACAGCAUCAGGCUCCACCACAAGACUGGCCGCAAAACCAAGCACCAGAUAAACACUGGGUUCCCUCUCAGCCGCAGCAGCAACCUCCCAUUGAUUGCUGGCCUCUGUCACAACCUCAAUGGCCCCAAGCAGCCCAACCACAGCCUCCAGUUAGUUUGAAUACUUGGGCCCCAGCUCCUGCCCAGCCAAAAUGGACCCAACAGGCUCCAGAACAGGUCCAGCAUGCCACUCCUUCAUGGGGAGUAGCUCAGGAUCAGGCCCAACAACAGCAACCUUGGUUUCGGCCGACUCAUCCGCAACCGUCACCACAGCCCACCUGGCAAUCUCCGAAGCCUCCACCGCAGCCUCCAAUGAAUGCAUGGCCUGCAGCUCAACCUCAGACCUCCAUUAAGACCUGGGCACCUCAGUCCCAGCAAAAACCUGAAAUCAACACUCACCCCUCGCUAAAACCUUGGCAACACAACCGCGGCCCUCCUCCACCCCCACAUGCUCCGCAGCGUACCUUUGCCAUGGGUCACAGAGCUUCCGCACCUAUAAACCCCUUGGCCACAGUCUUGAACCCCUCGUCUGCCGGCUCGGCUUGCGAGAUGCCAGUAGUCAAGGGAAAAGGUGCCGACAUGUUUGCCAAGCGUCAAUCUCGUAUGGAGAAGUACGUCGUGGAUUCGGAGACGGUGCAAGCCAACAAAGCGAGCCGAUCGACAUCGCCCGCUGCUUCCUUACCCAAUGAGUGGAAGUAUACCCCUAAUGUACGUGCACCACCUUCUCGGGGUUUUAACCCUAUUCACUCCCCUUCUUAUCCCCCAGCUGCAUCAAAACAACCUCCUUCCAGUGGCCCCUUGUCCAAAUCAAAGAAAAAAGGCAAACCUGCUCCAAAGCCACUCAAUGUUAUCGAUGUCAUGAAGCAUCAACCUUAUCAGCUUAGCGCCUCACUCUUUACAUACGGUCCUGCAGCAGAGACCACCAACGAACCCACACCUAGCUGUCCACCUCCUAGCCACCUAGUACCUCCAUAUGAGCAAUUGACCCCAGAUCAACCAGCUGGGACCUUAAGUCCUCUACCCCCCCAACAGGCUAACGGGUCCAUGCAGCCUGUGACGCAUGAUGGAACCUACCCUCAACCUCUUUCUGAUCCUUAUCAACAGCCUUCAGGUGGUCCCGACUGGGCAACAUACAACCAACAACCCAAUCCCCAGUACCAACCCUGUCCGGCCCCCUACCAACCAGCUGCUAGUCCUCCUUAUCUUUCACCUGCUUACCAGCAGCCUCACACUAACAUCUAUCCUAGCUUCCCAGUAGCUUCCCCGCCCGAAUCCACAUCCGGGGGCAACCCUGUCUCGGCCCCGAAACCUAAAUUUAUGGCGAAAAAAAGCUCAGCUCAGAUAACUGGGAGGAGCUACUCUCUUUCCCCCCCAGCCAGAGUGUUCUCCACAGCCUAUCGUCAUCCAACCCAGACAUCAAGGCAGAUGUCCUCCUGGAGGGAGAAGGCCUCCAAACCACUCACACCGUGGGAGGCCGCAUCCCGCCAUCCGCUGGGUCUGGUGGAUGAAGCCUUCACCGUCCAAGAUCUUGAGCAGAGCCUGGCCGCCAAUGUUCGCCUGGCCGCACAGUGCAGAAUGGUCCCAGAGCCGCCGCCUCAGUGGAAGGCAAGGGAGACCUACCAAGCCCCGCAAAAACCCUUCGGUCACAGUAGAGGUGGCGUCUCCAGUGAUGGAUACGGUUCCUUGCCUCGACAGUGGCAGCCUCGACAGUGGCAGCCUCAUAGGGCGCCAUCAGUGGGGCAGCAAACAUACAAGUCUGUUUAUGGCACAAAAUAUAGUUGGAAGCAGUAGGACACACCUUUUAA